ACACGGACAACAGGAGAACAAGAUCAGUUCAACAUGAGUAAGGAGAAAUAUCAAGGAUCUCGCAGGCAGAAGAGGAGCGAUGACCUUCGGAUUGUUUUGUUGGGAAAGACAGGAGCAGGGAAGAGUGCAGCAGGAAAUACCAUCUUAGGAAGAGAAGCAUUUCAAUCUCAACUCUCUGCUUCUUCUUGGACAUUUCAGUGCAAGAGCGCCGAGGGCGAGGUCGGAGGCCGAAAGGUGACUGUCAUAGACACGCCGGGGCUUUUUGACACUAAUUUUGCCCAAGAAGAAGUGUUGAAAAAGAUUGAUGAAUGUAUUCCUCUGUCUGCUCCUGGUCCUCAUGCCUUCCUGUUGGUGCUAAGGCUGGGAAGAUUCACCCAGGAGGAGAAAGACACCAUCAAGAUAAUUCAAAGUACUUUUGGUGAAGAGGCCAUUAAAUAUUUAAUGCUAUUGUUCACACAUGGAGACAAACUGAAGAAGCAAACCAUUGACGGCUUUGUUUCGAAGAGCGGGGAACUCUGCGAGCUCAUCGAGUUCUGCUGCGGGCGAUACCAUGUCUUCAACAACCUGGCGAAAGACCAGGGACAGACCAUUGAGCUCCUGGAGAAAAUUAACAGAAUGACAGAAGAGAAUGACGGAGGACACUACACCAUGAAGAUGUUCCAGAGAGCAAGAAGGGUCUCACAGGUUGAGAAAAGAAGAGAGUCAAAGGAGCUGGAGGCAGCAGAGCGGCAGAGGAGGAAAUCACUGAAGGAAGAAGUCAAGAGAGAAAUGAAUUUAACGGGAGAGUCGGCCAAACGGGAGAAAUGUCUUCUGCAGUAGGAGAUGGAGGCAUUGUGGGUAGACACAGGCAGGUGAUAUUGGUGAACAGAUGAGGCAACAGAUCUGUUCAUCUCAUGUUAGUCAGGACUGUACGACGGUGGCUGAAUAUCAACAUUGAAUGACGUGUUUCAAAGUGUUACACACAUCUGUUACAGUACUCAGCCGCUAAAUAAUUAAUUUAUCAAUGAUUUUCCUUUGAAAUCAGCAGUAUAGUAAUGACCUGAUUUCCUCUGUCAUCACUUGUCAAUAUUUUAAUAUACUCAUCAAUCAACAGUUCAUUUCUGAACAGAUAUAUACAGUUUAAAGGGAAAUAGCAAAAUACAAAGGAGUGGCUGAGCCCCCUUUGGUUCUGGCUCUGUUUGCAAACUCCACAUUUAGUUUGUCUAAUUCUUUUACGGGCAAGGUGACUUGAUAAGUGCAUCAAUGGAGGAGCAGGAAAGACAUCACACAUUAUCAAGGCCGCCUUGAGUUUGACACGUGUGUCUUAAAGUGAUAGUUCAAGUUAUUUCAGGAGUGGGUGUACUUUGUCAUGUGCACCAAGUUCAAAUGUGUUAUUUUGUGACUUUGAAAUUCUAAGUUCUCACAAAUCCAAGUGACCAAGGACCACUUAACUCAUAAAACAACACUCAUGGACCACCUAACUUAAAAUAACCCCAAAACAGCUGCGGUCAGCAGUGUCGCAAACCAGUCCACUGCACUGCUCGAGCCGGACAAUGCCACAAAACAAAUAUUUUUUGAUUUUACACUCUUGAUUGCUAGCUGAUUUGAUAUUAAAAACAACACAUAUAUGUCACAGGCCAUUUGAGAAACACUGAAAGCGGGGUCGCUCACGUACCACAAGUGGUCCACAGACCACCCUUUGAGAAAGGCUGACCAAGAGGAGGGUGAGCAGUGUAUACACUUCUUAUUCCACCCAGAAGCUGCCAAAGGUGGUCAUGUAGUCUCUUCUACGGAUAAAUGAACAUCUACCUAUUUAACAUACUAAUGUCUCAGCAGAUGUACAUUUAGCUCAUUGUGCAAUAUGGUAAUAUCAUGUAAUUCAUAUCAGGGGAUAUUGGUGUUUGCUGAUAUCCAUUUUAAAGCAUUAUAUAAUACCAAUACGGUGCCAAUAAUAUCAUGCAUCUCAAAUCCUUUGUGCACCCUGUGUCCGAUGUGUUUUCACUGAGGGCGAGCAUCUAUGCCAGGGGUGUCAAACA